AUGGCCGGAAAGACCGGGCCCCGCCUGAACAAGCUGUCCAAGGUUACUUUGCAAAACCAAACGGGCAAUCUGGCCAUGGUCACUCGUGAGGAUGGCAGCAGCCACGAGGUGCUCCGGACCCGCGUGCUCUAUUGGUAUGAGGGCCUUCUUAUUUUGCAAGAGCUCGAGGCGAAAAGGGAUGCCAGGAUCGCUUGGUUUGACGACCGCUUCCGCAAGCUCUUGGUUCAGGAGCGCAAGAAGCGCGGGAAGGUCAGUGGCAUCCUCUACCUCGAGAAGAAGCUGUUGAACGUCUCUGUCACAGGUGCGCGGUUCGUGGAUGCCACAGGGGCGGCCUUUGUUCAUAGACGGCCAGGGGUGAAGGACACGGAGAUUCCUGAAGACUGGGAGGAAUACACAGCUUCGGGCGAGUAUCGCAUUGCGGACAUCACUGGCUACAUGCCCCCUUGGGAGGCCUGGUGCCACGAGCAUGCUGGCUUCUACCAAGACUUCUACCGGGUGCUCUGGAAGGAUGAUAAGGGGAAGGGCUGGGCAGGAAUGAAUCUUUCAAAAGUGGAGAAUGGUGCCGAAGCAGGUUCGACGUGGGAGCCUGACGACUGUAUCCCGCCGAGCCUUGAUGGCAUGAGGUUGCGCGAAAAGAGCCGAUGGCUCAAGCGCAAACACGACCAGGAGCAGAAGGAGAAAGCCGAGAAGGACAAGGAAGAGGCUGCGGCUGAGCGAAGGAAAUUGGAGCCAUCGGCAAAAAUGGGUCGGUACAGGCGCGAUGGCGAUCCGCUCAGCCGAGACAUGUUCCGCCUUCAGCGCGGCCAUGACUUCAAUCCGCCACAGGCAAACAAGGAUCCAGAUAUUCGCAGUGGUUGGCCCAAGAGGGCCGAGGACUAUCCGCCCGGCUACGGGUGCGCAGACCCACCGGGUCUCUGCAGGGCCACAUGCGACUGCAUGGAUGACAACCGGAGUCAGAGGCCCUGGGAAACUACGAAGGAAUGGCUCGAGGAUCCCAGACGUGCGUCCGAUGCGAAGAAGGCAAUUGAAGUGCUGAGCGCGCAGCAGCACUUCGUCAGAAGAAGGGGCACGACUUCGAAAAUGCACUAUUUUGAGACUGCCCAGACACGCCAUGGGGACCAGACUCACGCAAACGCAGCGAUGAGUCUCUGCCAAGUCUUGGAAGAGUCGGUCCGAUCUGUGCUGAAGGAUCUGCCUCUUUUUGCUCUCCAAGAGAACAGAGAUCCUGUGCGAAUACCAGCUUGUUCCCUGAUGAAGCCUUUAGAGGAUUAUGUGCCCGUACAAUUUCAGCUGUCGCAGACGUCGCCUGCUCGACAAUGGCUGUGUCUUGGCGAGGAGGAUGGAAAGCUCUCCCUCAUUGACAGGGGGCCACCAAGCAGGCCGGCGCCUUUCAGAGUGGAGUUCGUCCACCCGGAGGGGAUGACUGCAUUUGUGGACUGCAUGGUCACCGACACCCAGGUGAAGUCUUGGCUGUCGGCCUCGUCAAGGAUCGUGGCGCGAUUCACGGAUGUAGCACGCUGUCCUUUGUCUCGCAAGUCUCGCGGUGUUCUGCAGGAGCAUCUUGGAAAGAUCUUUGACUUUGGAACGAAGGUGGCGAAGGAAGUUUCCCUUGGCCGCUGGCUCGACGUCGUGGACAUGCUCAUCCGCAUGCUCCGGACGACUGCAAUGGCUCAUGUGGUGAAACCAGAUUCUCACAACUCUCGGGCCCCACGAGCUUCGGCUGUCGCUCUCGCCCGAUAA